CAUCACACAAAUAUAAUUUUCAUGUUUGCAUUUCAGGAAAACAGGAUACCUCUGCUGAAACUCUUCUGGGUCAGGAACAUAUAAACCCUACAAGUUACUCAAGCCAGCUAGAAGACUCUGGAUGUGAUGUCUGUAAUGACUCUGCAUUUGAUUCUUUAGGCAUAGCUUCAGAUUUUCACCAAUCUGAGCAUAAUGUCAGCAAACAUUGGUUGGAAAGAGUUCCCCCACUGCAUCUUUUCCAUACUAGCAAGGAGCAAUCUCUGACUGCUCCAGUGCAUUUUUUGCAAUGCUUGCUUGAAAUAAGAAAACUGUCAGAAGGAGGAAGUCUUCAAGCAGACUUUUCACAGCUUGAGAAUGAUUCUUUUACCAUAUGCAAUUCAGUGUCUCAGUUGCUUGAUGGACUGACUGUUUUUUACAACAGUCCCAAGUUCCCAGCUCCAGGUUUCCUUUCUGAAGGAGUUUGUGUUCUGAUCAGUUUGAUAACUGAUACUAAAUUAUCUAAUCAUGUUUUGAAGAAGUGUUUCAAGAAGAUGGAAGAAUUUAAGAAAAAUCUAAUUCAAAUUAUUUUAAGAAAUAGGAGUGUCAAUAGGGUAAGUUUAAAACAUUUUCCUUCUUUCAUAUCCAACUUCCAUAUACUGUAA